AAGAUCAAAUUAAAAUUCUUUUCAUGGGAGUUUUUGAAUUUAUUCAACAAAAAUGGUAACCAAGAAAAUAAUAUUACUAAUAUUUUUGGCCUUCUACUUUUCAUGUGGAUUUUAUCAAGCCAAUGUAUUUGAACAACUUAACAACAAUCAUAAUAUUGAUGGAGAUGCAAUCAUAACAAGUAACAAGAACAAAUAUGGCCAUGGUGCAGAGUCUCAUGUUGUUGGUGCUAGAGGAAGUGGAGGGGAAGUAAAUGGCGAUGGCUAUCGAUCUUCGGGAUCGUCGAAUUUCAUACCAAUUUAUGCUGCAAAUGCUCAUAACAAUCACCAUCGUGGUGGUGCAAGCAACCACAAGAGCCACAAUGUAUAUCUAGCCUUAUUCACUACAAUGUUCUUCGUGUACCUUUGUACUUAAACUGUACCAGUGUUUUAAAAGGCAGGGGCGUGAGAUGCUAUGAUGCUCAUAUUGUGCCUAUGUCUUGAUCUACUUAGGUUAAAAUUGUGUUUUGGUUGUUGUAAAUGAAAAAAAGUUGAAAAACAUGUUGACAUAUAUAUGUGUAGUGUUUGUUGUUUGUUUUUGGUU